AUGCGCUCUUCAAUCCUCCUAGCAGGAGCCUCCUUCGGAAGAGCAUGUGGAACCGUAUCUUCCUCUUCUGCAGCUUCUGCUCCAAUUAGUCACCACCCGUUGUCUUCCCUUCUCCAAUCUAUCAGCAGCCUCACUAGUCAAUCCCUCCUGUGGGAUUCCUUCGUUGCGUACUCCUCCCUCCGCCUUCACUCUCCUCCUUCCUUCCUCUUACUCCUCCCCAUUUGCUCUCUUCUCUCGUGCUCCUCCUCCCUUGGAGCUCUACCCCAGGGAAGGCAGCUCCAUGGCCACCUCUUCUCCCUCGGGUUUCAGGAGGACCCUUCUCUGGUCCCCCGUCUGGUCUCCUUCUACAGUUGCUGCGGAGCAUUCGAGGAGGCCCGUGCGGUCGUCGAGUGCUCCAUCUCCACGCUCUGCUUGUCCUGGAACAUCCUCAUCUCUGGUUAUGUUCGAGCUGGAUCUCCGGAGCUCGCCUUCUCUGCAUAUGAGGCCAUGGUGGAGAGAGGGGUCGCGGUGGACCACUUCACCUACCCUUCCGUUCUCAAGGCCUGCGGGGAGAUGAAGGACCUGAGCAAGGGAAGGAAGGUUCACGAGCGAGUUAUUGGCGGAGUCCUCGGAUGGAAUCUCUACGUCUGCAAUGCCCUGGUUUCCAUGUACGGCAAGUGUGGGGAUUUGAUCGCUGCGCGGAAGCUGUUCGAAGAAAUGCCGCAGAGAGACGCGGUCUCUUGGAACGGCAUAAUCUCGGCAUAUACUUCUAGGGGGAAUUGGGAUGAAGCGUUCGAGCUCUUUGAAAGAAUGAGGGUCGAUGAGAAGGAGCUAAAUGUGGUGACUUGGAAUACAAUUGCCGGGGGUCACUUGAAAAGGGGCAACUCCCUGGAGGCGCUUGCGUUGAUAUCUCUGCUGAAGAGAUCCGGGUCAUCCUUGGAUUUUGUGACGGCGGUCGUCGCCCUGAACGCCUGCUCUCAAUUAGGGUUCUUGAGGUCUGGGAAGGAGGUCCAUGGGUUGACGGUGCGGCACCUCUUCCACGAGAUAGAAACCGUCCGGAAUUCUCUGAUCACCAUGUACUUGAGGUGCAAGAAGACCCCUUUUGCAGAGAUCCUGUUCGAGAAGGCGACGACCCAGAAUCUGGUCUCUUGGAAUUGCAUGAUCUCUGGGUUUGCAGCACUCAAUUGGUUGGAGCAGACCUCGCAGCUCUUCCGGGACAUGGUGUUGUCGGGUCUCCAACCAAACUACGUGACGAUUGUGGCGAUCCUCUCCCUCUUCGGCCGUGUGGCCGAUCUUCGGCACGGGAAGGAACUGCACUGCUACAUCACAAAGAAACACGAGUUCGAGGAACGCCGUCUGCUGUGGAAUUCCCUGAUCGACAUGUACUGCAAGUCCGGCAGGAUCUCAGUUGCCAGGAAGGUCUUCAACCUGAUGAAGGACAGAGACGAGGUUUCCUACACUUCGAUGAUCGCCGGCUAUGGAAUGCAGGGAGAUGGGCUCACCGCAUUGAAGCUCUUUGACGAGAUGAUCGACCGGGGGAUCAAGCCCGACAGUGUCGCAUUGGUGGCGGUGCUCUCGGCUUGUAGCCAUGCGGGGCUCGUGAUCGAGGGCCAGAUGCUCUUCGGCGCCAUGGCCUCCUGUCAUGGGAUCACCCCAAAGCUAGAACACUAUUCUUGCAUGGUGGAUCUCUAUGGGCGCGCGGGCAUGGUAGAGAGGUCAGAGGUGAUCAUGAGUACGAUGCCGGUCGAGCCGACUGCUGUGAUGUGGGCGGCGCUUCUCGGGGCGUGCCAAGUUUGGCGGAACACAGAGAUCGGGGAGAGGGCGGCCGAUGGGCUUUUGAAGACGAAGACGGACAAUCCGGGACACUAUGUUCUGGCUGCCAACAUGUAUGCGUGCGCGGGCCGAUGGGAAGAGCUUGCUAGAGUGAGAGUAAUGAUGAGGGAUUUGGGGCUGAGGAAGGCGCCCGGAUGUGCCUGGGUGAGUCUUGGGGAUGGGUUCCACCCAUUUGUGGUGGAAGACAGGGACAAUGGAUGUGCAGAUGAGAUUUACAGAUGGUUGGGACGGUUGACCGAUCACAUGAGAGAUGCUGGAUACGUCUGUGAUAGAAAUUCUGGAUUUCAUGAGUAA